AUGUCAGAUGACCAUCGCCCUUGUCAAAUGAGGCCCCCAGUUGUGUGUGGUAAUAAUACCAGAUGCUGUGAAGUAGUGGAUAACAGUACAGUGUCAAACUGUCAGAAUACUACCAAUGAAGAAGGUCAAAGUUUACCUUGUCCAGAACCUCUGGUCUGUGUGUGUGAAGAGGGAUACAUGUUCAACUCUUCUGUUCCAGAUCCACAAAAUUGCGUUCCAGUGAGGCCCCCAGUUGUGUGUGGUAAUAAUACCAGAUGCUGUGAGAUAGUGGAUAACAGUACUGUGUCAAACUGCCAGAAUACUACCAACGAAGAAGGUCAAAGUUUACCUUGUCCAGAACCUCUGGUCUGUGUGUGUGAAGAGGGAUACAUGUUCAACUCUUCUGUUCCAGAUCCACAAAAUUGCGUUCCAGAAAUGCCGACAUGUCCUGAAUCUAUCACACAAUGUCCUGAACUAACAAGACGGUGUCCGGACGUUCAACAAGUCAUGUGUGAUGGUACAACCUAUACCUUCAACGACAGCUAUCAAUAUGUCGCAAAUAAUCUGGCACCGUUGCGAUACAGCAUCUGUUACUCAGGAAGUAACAACAUCAUUAUAUCCACAUGCAAUGCCGCCGACUACGACACGAAGCUGGCUCUUUUUUCCUGUGAUGCUAUGUCUAAUAUUGAAUCCGGUGGAAGUCAGACAUGCAAUAUCCGCCAAGGUAACAGUGCGUACUCCAAUGACGACUUUGAUGGCUGUUCUGGCUUUACCUCUCUGCUCCAGAUCCCUCAAGGAGACUUAUCCAAUGGGACGUAUGCAAUAGGUGUGUACGGGUUUGGUAUCGGAGGGACCUUCAAGGUCUCUAUCUCUUGUUAA